AUCAAAUAUAAUCGAAUCGAAUCUCCGUCAAGUCUGAAUUUUUUUAGGAAACAAGUUUGAGAACUACUCUUAUAUAACUUUAAGAACACAUAUACCACGAUCUUCCCAUCAAAAUCAUCGGUUUUUUUUUUUUUUUUUGCAAAACCCAUCACCAAUGGCAACCGCCAUGGUCGAAGAUUCGAGCUUUGAAGAAGACCAACUAGCUUCGAUGACGACCGAUGACAUCAUCCGAGCUUCUCGUCUUCUAGCUAUGGAGAUUCGACUUCGUAAGGAGGAAAUGCAAAGGACAAAUCUUGAGUUGAAUGCAUACAGGGAGAAGAUUAAGGAGAAUCAAGACAAGAUCAAGCUUAACAAGCAGUUGCCUUACUUGGUUGGCAACAUUGUUGAGAUAUUGGAGAUGAAUCCUGAAGAUGAGGCAGAGGAGGAUGGUGCCAACAUUGAUCUUGAUUCACGGAGGAAGGGUAAAUGUGUUGUGCUGAAAACAUCUACUCGUCAGACCAUCUUUCUACCUGUGGUUGGACUUGUUGACCCUGAUAAGUUGAAACCUGGUGAUUUGGUUGGGGUCAAUAAAGACAGCUACUUGAUAUUGGAUACUCUGCCAUCUGAGUACGAUUUUCGAGUAAAAGCUAUGGAGGUUGAUGAGAAACCAACUGAGGACUACAAUGAUAUUGGUGGCUUGGAGAAGCAGAUUCAAGAACUAGUUGAGGCCAUUGUGUUGCCUAUGACUCAUAAAGAACGGUUUCAAAAGCUAGGCAUUCGUCCACCUAAGGGGGUGCUCUUAUAUGGGCCUCCUGGCACUGGAAAAACUUUGAUGGGUCGUGCUUGUGCGGCGCAGACAAAUGCCACAUUUCUGAAGCUAGCAGGCCCACAAUUGGUUCAGAUGUUCGUUGGAGAUGGAGCAAAACUUGUCUGUGAUGCCUUUCAGCUUGCAAAAGAAAAAUCUCCAUGCAUCAUUUUUAUAGAUGAAAUUGAUGCAAUUGGCACAAAGCGUUUUGAUAGCGAAAUGAGUGGAGAUAGGGAGGUUCAGCGGACAAUGUUAGAACUACUCAACCAGCUUGAUGGCUUUAGCAGUGAUGAACGUAUUAAGGUUAUAGCAGCCACUAACCGAGCUGAUAUCCUUGACCCUGCUCUGAUGCGUUCUGGUCGAUUGGAUCGUAAAAUCGAGUUCUCACAUCCCAAUGAAGAAGCAAGAGCUCGAAUCCUUCAGAUCCACUCAAGGAAGAUGAACGUUCAUCCGGAUGUCAAUUUGGAAGAACUUGCUCGUUCUACGGAUGAUUUCAAUGGAGCACAAUUGAAGGCUGUUUGUGUGGAGGCAGGCAUGCUAGCUCUUCGCCGUGAUGCAACUGAGGUGAACCAUGAAGAUUUCAACGAAGGUAUCAUUCAGGUGCAAGCUAAGAAGAAGGCAAGCUUAAAUUACUAUGCAUAAUCGGGACAGCAUUUCACCGUGAGAAGCUGCCUUCAACGAAAAAGCCUCUAAUAUGGCAUGAUCCAUGCUCGUAAAGCAAGAUUCAAAUAUUUUUCUUUCUCAAAUUAAGGGGAAAAAAUCUCCUAAAUAUAGAUAAUCUUGCAGAAGCUAUACAACAAAAAUCGUGUAGAUGAACAUAUAUAUCUUCAAGUCAAUGUUAGUUAAAUCUCCAGUUCAAAUUCCCAUUUACAGACAAUUUACAUGCAACUUAAAAUGUCCCUAUUGUUUGCUGACGUCUGGAAAGGAGUUCUUUUUGUACAGGAGUAAUAUAUUUUAUACGAU